AUGGGGGAAGCAUUGCAGUCAAACAAUUUGAUCGUUACACAAAAGGUGCACUUCGGAAGUCUUGCCAAUGAAGAAACUGUUCACAAGCUUCAGAUUUGUAAAACUGAGAAAAUAAAGGCAGAAGCUGAAAAGCGGGAAGGGGAAAAAAAAGAGAAAGAUGAAUAUUUGGAUUUGGAUGCAGUGGAUAAUCCCAUGGAGUGGGAGGUUAUGGCAGAAUUUGAAAGACGGCGGCGUGCAAGGACCUUAACUUUGCCAACUGAUGAUGGGCACGUCAAAUUGCUUUUGCGAAAACUUAAUAAGCCAAUAUGUCUUUUUGGAGAAGACAAACUGGAUCGAAAGGAAAGGUUGCGGACUUUGUUAUCCACAAUGCCAGAAGAAGAAGUUACUAGGAUAUUGCAUAGUCCGGAAGAAACGGAAACUGUUCAGCCAAAAGAUUCAUCUACUUGGUACCAUAAAGGACUGGCUGCUCUUCGGGACGUUCGCGUAAUUAUUGCUGAUUAUUCGUUGAGGAGAGCUCAGCAGAGGUUAAAGAAGGCUCGGGAAACACUAGCUAAUGAACCAUACAAUUCUGCUGUGCGUACGCAGGAAAUGCAUCGAUGGAUUGCAGGUCUAUCAGUUUAUGGAUCACAAGUAGCUGAUGUUCGACCUGUUUCGUAUUGUGAAUUUUCACCUGAUUCGAAACAUCUCAUUACUUCUGGAUGGUCAGGUGAAUGUUGUAUUUGGUCGGUUCCAGAGAGUGCUCGUGAAAGACGAUUUAUUGGACAUUCCAGUCAGGCAGGAUGUGCCAGAUUCCAUCCAGGAGCUUAUGUUUCUCAAGAAUCGUAUGCUUUAAAUGCAGCUAGCUGCGGUCAUGAUGGAACUGUGAAAUUAUGGAAUCUUGAAAGUAAUUCACCGCUAUCAGAACUUGAACCGCACUCUCAAAGAGUGUCUCGAAUUGCAUUUCAUCCAUCUGGAAGAUUUCUUGCAUCUUGUUGUUUCGAUUGUUCAUGGCGAUUAUUUGAUUUACAAUAUGAACAAGAAAUUCUUUUCCAAGAAGGGCACAGCCGACCAGUUUUUCAUGCUGAUUUUCAAGUAGAUGGAUCACUAAUUAUGACUUUAGGCAUGGAUUGUUAUGGCCGUGUGUGGGAUUUGAGAACAGGACGUUGUAUAAUGUUCUUAGAAGGUCAUCAAAAAGAAAUACAUUGUGGACAGUGGUUGCCAAAUGGUUAUCAAAUGGUUACGGGUUCUGCUGACAAUACUUGUAUGGUUUGGGAUUUGAGGAUGCGACGUGCUAUCAAACCAAUCGCUGCACAUACUUCUCUUGUUUCUGGUCUUCGCGUGGAAUCUAAAGGACAUUAUAUCAUUACGUCAUCUUUCGAUAACUCUUUAAAAGUCUGGGAAACACGUGGUUGGCGACCGUUACGGCAAUUAGUAGGUCAUGAUACAAAAGUUAUGGGAGUAGACAUUUCACCUGAUGAAAAAUGGAUUGCAAGUGUUUCUUUCGACCGUACUUUUAAGCUUUGGACGAAGCAGAUUUAUUAA